AUGCCCUCUUUUGCAGUUCCCGGACCCUGCCACUUUUGCGCCAGCAUCGGCGCCCCAUGCCACCUCGACGCUGCGCGACGCAGGCAGCGCCCCUACUACCGCGUCUCCGAAGAGGAGUUCCGCUACAUGAUGCGCAUCCUCGAGCACUUUGUCCCCAACACCGACUUCAACCUCCACACCCUCAAAGCCCUCGCCGAGUCUCUCACCAACAAUGGCUCGGAAAACUCCCAGGCCUCGCCCCAGAGCGAUGCAGUCGUCCCCGUCAACGGCUCGAGCCCGGGCAUGGCCGUGCAGCGCGCCGAUGUGCACAUGGGCGACGCUAUGGACGCGACGGUGGACGAGAUCGAGGAGUUGCACAAGGGGAUGGGCUGGCUGCGCGUCGACUCGAAUGGCGUGUACAGAUAUAUCGGCGCGAAUUCAACCUAUCUUUUCAUGGACGCCGUCCGGACCAUCAAGCGCCCGCCGCUCGACACGUCAUCGCCCAAGAGCGAAGUUCUCGCCCCUCUCACCGCCGCCGACCACCUACCCCCGCCCACCCCGGAGACCACGCAAAGGCUCAAGGCCCCGCGCCAGAUCAACUUGCCGCGAAGAGAUCUGUGCGACGGCUGCAUUGCCAGAUUCUUCAAGGAAAUCCAAUCUGUCUACUGGUUCUUCUCCGCCGAGCAGCUGCACGCCCAUGCAAAGGAGAGCCCCAGCCUCGAUACGCGACCUUCGCUGCGGUAUCUUGCGCUGGCCAAAGCCCUCGUGCCGGCGUUGUGCGAUACGGGAGAUGUCGAUAGCUUGCGUGCCCUGUGUCUACUGGCACUUGCACUCUCUAGCUCCAUGUUUGGAAAUAUCGCCUACAUUUAUGUGGGAUCAGCAGCGAGAAUCGCCUUUACCCUAGGGCUCCACACUAACGGCGACGCUAGUGUCCGCCACAGUCUCCAUAAACAGGUGGACUUGAGGCUGUUCUGUUCUCUAUACUUGCUGGACUUGGACAUCAGCCUUUGCUAUGGUCAUCCCACCGCCAUCAGCGAGGAUAUCAUUCCCGGCGUGCUCAAGCUGCCGUCCGAAGAUAUUCUGAGCCCUGGAUCCAACAUGCCCCUUGACUACCUCGAGGUUUCAUGCCGGCUCGCGCAGCUAACGCGCAGCCUUAGUCGGGUACGCUCCGUAGCGGUACUGCACCUGCGGUACUGGCGGACCGUCAUGUUUGCGACGCGGCCGUUCCUUCUACACAACGUGCUGCGCGGGCGCAAGCUGAGCGACCCGAUCAAGCAAAAGUGGUUUGACGAGUUCAGCAACACGUGCGUGGGCGCGGGGCAGAAGGCGCUCGACAUCAUUGCCUUUUGCGCGCCCACGACCUCUUGA